AAAGAAGAUAUUUUCUUAGAAAAAGAACAUUUGUGUAUAUACAGAAAUGACAGCUCAAUAUAUUGACAUUAAUAUAUGUGUUUCUUAGAAAAAGUGGAAAAUGAAGUGUUUUUGGUUUACAUGGAGGUAAGGAUAGGACAUAUAUUAGUAUUAUUUAAAUUUGUGGCAAUUAAAUCAAACUUAGUGACUUAGAUAAAAAUGAAUUUGAUUUGAAAAGGAAAUAGGAAAUGGAUUAAAGAGAGGGAGGAGAGGAAGAAGUCAAGUAGAUUAAAAAAAAGAAAAAGAAGUAUGUAUGUAUGUAUAGGUUAGGUUGGGUAAAGCCGUAAAGGGGUGUGUGUGUGUGUGAGGUGUUGGCGUAAGCAGAGGAAGCGGUUGAGUUGAAGAAAGAAAAAGAAAGAUAAAUGGUGUGUGUGUGUGUGUGAUCGGGGGAAUUGGGAUUUGAGUUUGACCCUUCUUCCUUGUGUUGUGUUGUGGCCAUUCUUUCUUGACUCUCUCUCUCUCUCUCUCUCUCUCUCUCUCUCUCUCUCUCUCUCUCUCUCUCUCUCUCUCUCAUUUUCAAUAUUCAUUAUUCAAUUCAAUUAAAUUCCUCCUCAUACUAACUAACAUUCAACCAAUUAAUUCAUAAUUCAUAAUUCAUUCACCGUAAAAGGAAAAAGAGAGAGAGAGAGAACACAUACACAACACAACCACAAUUGAAGAACGAUCUAUCUAUCUAUGAAGAGUUCUCUGAAAAAGUUGAGAGGUCUUGCACUUCACCACAAUCAGAAGCAUCAUCAUGACUCCAACAACAAGAAGGGUACCAUUCUCCCUCUCGGACAGUUUGACGAACUCGCUCAGGCAACAAGGGAGAUGCAAGACAUGAGAGACUGCUAUGAUACCUUGCUUUCCGCCGCCGCAGCAACCGCCAGCAGUGCUUAUGAAUUCGCUGAGUCCUUGCGGGACAUGGGCUCUUGUUUACUCGAGAAAACUGCUUUGAAUGAUCACGAAGAAGAAACUGGAAAGGUUCUUCUUAUGCUUGGCAAAAUCCAGUUCAAACUUCAGAAACUCAUUGAUAACUAUCGUUCCCAUAUAAUACAGACUAUUACCGUUCCCUCCGAGUCUCUUCUCAAUGAACUUCGAAUCGUUGAGGAGAUGAAGCGACAAUGUGAUGAAAAAAGAGACGUUUACGAGUAUAUGGUGUCAAAAUACAGAGAAAGAGGCAGGUCUAAAGGUGGCAAAGGAGAAACUUUUACAUUGCAGCAGUUGCAAACUGCUCGCGAUGAAUAUGAUGAGGAGGCUACGCUGUUUGUUUUCCGGUUGAAGUCUCUGAAGCAAGGACAAUCACGUAGUCUUCUGACACAGGCAGCACGUCACCAUGCUGCUCAGUCAUGUUUCUUCAAGAAAGCAGCCAAAUCUCUUGAGACAGUAGAAGCACAUGUGAACUCAGUAACCGAACAGCAACACAUUGAUUACCACUUCAGUGGUCUGGAAGAGGAGGAUGGGGAUGAAGGUGAUUAUGGAGAUGAAGACGACGAUGGUUAUGAUGAAAAUGAUGAUGGGGAACUGAGUUUUGACUAUGGACCAAAUGAACAGGAGCGAGAUGUUUCUACAUCACGAAAUUCAAUGGAGCUGGACCAAGUGGAAUUUACACUUCCCAGAGGUUCAUCAACUGAAGCUGCUAAGGAAAACUUAGAUAAGCUUCAAAGAAAUUUGUUUUCUUUUAAGGUUAGGACAGGGAGCCAAUCUGCCCCACUUUUUCCAGAUAAUAAACCUGAUUCCAGUGAAAGACUGAGACAGAUGCGCCCAUCUUUAUCACGAAAAUUCAGUUCAUAUGUGCUCCCCACUCCAGUUGAUGCAAAGAGUCCAAUCUCUUUUUUCCCACAAAAUACAAAGCAUUCCACAAUGCAGACAAAUUUAAAUGAACCGACAAAGAAUUUAUGGCAUUCAUCCCCAUUGGAACAAAAGAAACAUGAAAAAGAUAUUGGAGAUGAACAUUCUGGUCCUACUAUCAGAAACGCCCAGUCUGUACUCAGGGAAAGCAACAACAAUGCUGCUUUCACAAGACUGCCACUUCCCUUGGCAGAUGGUCAUGUAUCCUUAAAUCAUGAUAAUGUUUCUGCUUACUCUAAAAAGAUUAAAAGACAUGCCUUUUCUGGCCCAUUGACAAGUAGUCCUUGGUCUACUAGACCUGUUUCAAUGGAAAAUGUUCAGUUGUUCUCUGGACCUCUUUUGCCUACUCGAAUCCCGCAGCCCCCGUCAUCAUCCCCCAAAGCAUCUCCUAGUGCUUCUCCUACUAUUGCCUCUUCACCUAAAAUAAGCGAGCUUCAUGAACUUCCAAGGCCUCCAACCAAUUUCCCACCCAACUCCAGGCUCUUAGGUUUGGUGGGUCAUUCAGGUCCACUGGUACCUCGAGGUCAAAAGGUUUCUGCUGCAAAUAAUUCAGUUGUUUCAAGUGUAGCAUCUCCAUUACCAAUGCCACCUCAGGCCAUGGCUCGUAGUUUCUCCAUACCUUCUAGUAGUGCUCGACUUGGAGCAUUACAUGGGUCAAGGGAACGAGAAUCCUCUCAUACAUCAUCUCUAUCUGAAGAUAUUGCUUCUCCUCCACUGACACCAAUAGCAUUAUCUAGUAGUCGGCCAUCAUCAGAUGGCUGAGGCUGUUGUUGUUGCUCUGGAUGUUUGGACUAGAGGGAUGUACAUGUUUUAUACCAUGCAAUGAAUCCAGGUUUGGAUGGUUGUGCAGAUUAAUUCCUUUCUCUUCUAAAGCUAACGCAGUUUUCCGACCCGGCGAAUCAAGCUUAGGAUCAAGUUUUGCUUAGUUUCAAUUCUGUAAAUAUUCCUUUUACUCGGUAUUCUUUUAUCUGUCAUUAUCAUUGUUAAUUCAACCAUGUAAUGAGUUUUGGUCUUGUUCUUAUUCAAACAAUAAAUGCCCAUAAGUUCUAUUUUUGAAAUAUA